GGUUAAACACUAGGCAGUGAGACACUUUCUUAUCAACGACCUAUAUUGGUGUACGCUCUGUACAGAGACUGGUUCAUCAGCUCCAGCAGCCAUGGGAGGAGGUACGGGAAGGACACUCCUAAGCCUCUCAUUCUCUUCUAAUCUUCUCGCCCGAUCUCUCUUCAAUGGAGCAAGGUGCUCACUUUCCAGAAGAUCACCACCUAGGGUUUUUCUGGGGUUUAGGCCUCUUUGCUCCUCCACCACCACCUCCACCGCCACCGCCGCAACGAUAGAUGAACCAGACCAAGUGUUCCAACCCAUGAGACAUUGUAUCCUUCUCGAGAGACUGAGGAAUAGACACCUUAAGGAAUCUGCAAAGACCCCACAAAUCAGAGUACCGCCUGUUGAUUCUGUUGACAAGGAUGAGGAUAAGUCAUCGAAAAAGCGCCAGUCCACAAAGGUUGUUUCGUCUUUCCUUGAAUUGGGCUUAACUGAGGAGGUAAUGGCUGCUGUAGAAGAGCUCGGUAUUACUGUUCCCACAGAAAUUCAGUGUCUUGGGAUCCCUGCCGUGCUCGAGGGGAUGAGUGUAGUCUUGGGUUCUCACACUGGCUCCGGGAAGACUUUGGCUUACAUGUUGCCCUUGGUUCAGCUAUUGAGGCAGGACGAAGCGUUAUCCGGUAUGCUUAUUAAGCCCAGACGUCCUCGAGCUGUUGUGCUGUGCCCUACAAGGGAACUCUGCGAGCAGGUGUUUCGUGUGGCUAAGUCUGUAAGUCAUCAUGCAAGAUUUAGGUCUACCAUGGUGAGUGGUGGUGGUCGUUUAAGACCCCAAGAGGAGUCUCUGAACAUUCCGAUUGACAUGGUUGUUGGGACUCCUGGGAGGGUUCUUCAACAUAUUGAGGAAGGGAACAUGGUUUAUGGUGAGAUCAAAUAUCUGGUGUUGGAUGAGGCAGACACUAUGUUUGAUCAUGGCUUUGGUCCUGACAUUCGUAAAUUUCUUGGACCACUGAAAAAUCGUGCAUCAAAACCUGAUGGCCCAGGGUUUCAAACUGUUUUGGUUACUGCAACAAUGUCGAAGGCAGUGCAAAAAUUGAUUGAUGAGGAAUUCCAAGGUAUAACUCAUUUACGCACUUCGACAUUGCACAAGAAGGUUGCAUCUGCUCGGCAUGAUUUCAUCAAACUUUCAGGUUCAGAAAACAAGCUGGAGGCAUUGCUACAGGAGAGCAACUUCGAUUUUCAGGGUGAAUUAAAUGGACAUGUCCACAGGAUAUUUAAUUCACAUGUUCUUGAGCCAAGUUUGGCUAAAGGCAACCGUGUGAUGGUGUUUUGUAACACCUUGAAUUCUAGUCGUGCUGUGGAUCAUUUUCUUGGUGAGAAUCAAAUUCUUACUGUUAACUACCAUGGGGAGGUGCCAGCAGAACAAAGGGUUGAAAACCUCAAAAAGUUCAAAAGUGAAGCUGGGGAUUGCCCAACACUGGUGUGCACUGAUUUAGCUGCUCGAGGACUGGACUUGGAUGUUGACCAUGUCAUCAUGUUUGAUUUUCCUAUGAACUCUAUUGACUAUCUCCAUCGCACUGGUAGAACUGCUCGUAUGGGUGCCAAAGGCAAAGUUACUAGUCUAGUUGCGAAGAAGGACGUACCAUUAGCGACCCGUAUUGAGGAGGCCAUGAAGAAGAAUGAGAGCCUGGAAUCUCUGACUGCAGACAAUGUCAGAAGGGAUGUUGCCAAGGAACGAAUUCAUGAGCAGCGGCAUAUGAUAAAAGCAUCAAAUCAGAAAAGCACGAGUAUCACAGCUACAAAAUCCUCAAAUCAGAAAAACAGGAGUAGCACAGCAACAAAAUCUUCUAGAGCCCAUGGAAAGGUGGCAGGUAUUCAGACUGCUGGACAAAAUAUCGUCACAGCGAAAACUGGAAAAACAUCUGUAGGUAUGCAAACAAAGAAGGCAGUUCAGGUGCCUAAGAUUUCCAAGUCUUCCCCUCCAAGUGGCUCAAGAAAAGUGUUUUCAGGUGGAAAGAAACAAACAGAUAACAGAAAAUCUAGUCUCAAGUCUUCGAAAUCGAAGAUUAAUGUUGUGGGAUUCAGGGGACGGAGUUCUUCAUCGACAAAGAAAGGAUCGUUGGGGAGUUGACUUGGGUUUCAGCAGCUUUAAUCUGUUUUCUUGUAAUUAUUGUGCAGUAUAAAUUUUUAUUGCGGUUUGACUACCAAUUUUGGACUUUGUUUUGAGUUAUGCUUUGACUUCCUCUGUAAACUCUUCCAUUAUGCAUACCUUGGGCCUGAUUCCACAGUUUUGAAUCAAUUACUAAGGGCCCUAUUUGGUUAGAUAUGAAGUAAAAGUAACAUAAAAUUUUCAUUGGGAAA